ACGGGCAAAAACACCUGCAUGUGGCCUGUGGGCCGUAGUUUGAGGACCCCUGGUAUAGAGGAAUGAAGUCAUAGCUAUUAAGUCUGCUUUGUAUGAGAGAGACAUAUUAAACAAGGAAGCCACAUGCCAUAGUAAGUUGCUGUGCUUACAUCACUUUUCAAGGUGUAGCCCUUUAUGGAGAAAAAAACCAAAGAAGAUGACUUUAAAUUAGUAUCCUAUUAGCUUUGUGCCUUUUUGUACUACUCCUUGGGUCUCUUUUACCCUGUUUCUCUUAGUAUUGUUUUUAAUAAUAAAUAGGCAGCUGGUUGUUAGAUUGUAGUGCUACUUCUUGGGAUCUGGGAAAAUAUGUAUACACAUAGACCGUAGUUCCUCAUGAUGAAAGGAACAAUUAUGUCCUUUAGUUUUCACCUCCUUUCUAUUUCUCGACCUGUGCAUCUAUUUUGAAAACUGUAAACACUCAGGUUUUACAGAACUAAAAGUUUCUGAAGAACAAUAGUGAACAUAUAAUACCUGUGUUCUAAUGCCCUAUUUUCUCUUGCUUAAUCAUGCUAGUGAUAGUAUUGAAACUACUUUCUAAUAUUAGAUAACUUAGUUCCUUACCAGUUGUUUCUGUUGUACCUGAAUAAUGGAGUCAAAUAUGCAAUUCACUCUUCGGAGAGAGAUAUAAAAGGCUGAGACUACUCCAUUUGACCAAUGUGGAUCCAGGCUAAUCAGAAGCAGAAGAAACUCUUCUGAUUGACAUAGCUUCAAACAGUGGCUGCAAAAUUCGAGUUCAGGGGGACUGGACCAGAGAGCGACGCUUUGAAAUACCUGAUGAGGAACACUGUUUGAAGUUCCUCUCAGAGGUCCUUGCUGCUCAGGAAGCUCAGUCACAACUUCUUGUUCCAGAGCAAAAGGACUCAUCCAGCUGGUACCAGAAAUUAGACACUAAGGACAAUCCUUCUGUUUUUUCAGGCCUUCUUGGGUUUGAGGACAAUUUUUCGUCUAUGAAUUUGGACAAGAAAAUAAAUUCACAAAAUCAGCCUACAGGUAUUCAUCGAGAACCUCCACCCCCACCGUCUUCAGUGAAUAGAAUGCUCCCACGUGAAAAAGAAGCUUCUAACAAGGAACAGCCCAAAGUGACCAACACCAUGCGGAAGCUCUUUGUACCAAAUACCCAGUCUGGGCAGCGGGAGGGUCUCAUCAAACAUAUCCUGGCAAAGCGAGAGAAAGAAUAUGUCAACAUUCAGACUUUCAGAUUUUUUGUUGGAACUUGGAAUGUGAAUGGCCAGUCUCCAGAUAGCGGGUUAGAACCUUGGCUGAACUGUGAUUCAAAUCCUCCUGAUCUCUACUGCAUCGGAUUCCAAGAGCUGGACUUGAGCACAGAAGCCUUUUUCUACUUUGAAUCAAUGAAGGAACAAGAGUGGUCCAUGGCUGUAGAGAGAGGUUUGCAUUCCAAAGCCAAGUAUAAGAAAGUUCAACUAGUCCGUCUUGUUGGGAUGAUGCUCCUUAUAUUUGCCAGAAAGGAUCAGUAUCGAUAUAUCCGUGAUAUUGCUACAGAAACAGUUGGAACCGGAGUCAUGGGGAAAAUGGGAAACAAAGGUGGGGUAGCUGUGAGAUUUGUAUUUCACAAUACUACCUUUUGUAUCGUCAAUUCCCACCUGGCUGCCCACGUGGAGGACUUUGAGAGAAGGAAUCAAGAUUAUAAGGACAUCUGUGCAAGAAUGAGUUUUGUGGUCCCAAAUCAGACCCUCCCGCAACUGAACAUCAUGAAACAUGACGUUGUCAUUUGGUUGGGAGAUUUGAAUUAUAGACUUUGCAUGCCUGAUGCCAGUGAGGUGAAAAGUCUUAUUAAUAAGAAUGACCUUCAGAGACUCUUGAAAUUUGACCAGCUAAAUAUUCAGCGCACACAGAAAAAAGCUUUUGUCGACUUCAAUGAAGGGGAAAUCAAGUUUAUCCCCACUUACAAGUAUGACUCUAAAACAGACCGGUGGGAUUCCAGUGGAAAAUGUCGAGUUCCAGCCUGGUGUGACCGAAUUCUUUGGAGAGGAACAAAUGUUAAUCAACUUAAUUAUCGGAGUCACAUGGAACUGAAAACCAGUGACCACAAGCCUGUUAGUGCCCUCUUCCAUAUUGGGGUGAAGGUUGUGGAUGAACGGAGGUAUCGGAAAGUCUUUGAAGACAUCGUACGCAUCAUGGACAGAAUGGAAAAUGACUUCCUUCCUUCUUUAGAGCUCAGCAGGAGGGAGUUUGUGUUUGAGAAUGUGAAGUUUCGGCAACUACAAAAGGAGAAGUUCCAGAUCAGCAACAAUGGACAGGUUCCCUGCCAUUUUUCUUUCAUCCCUAAGCUUAAUGACAGCCAGUACUGCAAGCCAUGGCUUCGAGCUGAACCUUUUGAGGGCUACUUGGAGCCAAAUGAGACAGUGGACAUUUCUCUUGAUGUGUAUGUCAGCAAAGACUCUGUGACCAUCCUGAACUCCGGGGAAGAUAAGAUUGAAGAUAUUCUUGUCCUUCACCUGGAUCGAGGCAAAGAUUACUUCUUAACCAUCAGUGGAAAUUACCUCCCAAGUUGUUUUGGUACAUCCUUAGAGGCUUUGUGCCGAAUGAAAAGACCAAUCCGAGAAGUUCCUGUUACCAAACUCAUAGACUUGGACGAAGACAGCUUCCUAGAAAAGGAGAAAUCCCUUCUGCAGAUGGUUCCCUUGGAUGAGGGUGCCAGUGAGAGACCCCUUCAGGUCCCCAAGGAGAUCUGGCUUCUAGUAGAUCACUUAUUCAAACACGCCUGUAAACAGGAGGACCUGUUCCAAACCCCUGGGAUGCAGGAAGAGUUACAGCAGAUCAUUGACUGUCUGGAUACCAGCAUUCCUGAGACAAUCCCUGGUAGUAAUCACUCUGUGGCUGAAGCACUGCUUAUUUUCCUGGAAGCCCUGCCAGAGCCAGUCAUCUGUUAUGAGCUAUAUCAGCGAUGUCUUGAUUCUGCUCAUGAUCCCCGGAUCUGCCGACAGGUGAUUUCCCAGCUUCCAAGAUGCCAUAGAAAUGUUUUCCGUUACUUGAUGGCGUUCCUUCGAGAACUCUUAAAAUUCUCAGAAUACAACAACAUCAGUGCCAACAUGAUUGCUACUCUCUUCACUAGUCUUCUUCUAAGGCCUCCACCCAACCUUAUGGCAAGACAGACUCCAAGUGACCGCCAGCGUGCUAUUCAGUUUCUUCUGGGCUUUCUGCUUGGGAGUGAUGAAGACUAAGGGUUUUCCUCUUGUUAUUCUCCGAGAUGCUAGAGGUGGAAGAUCUCGGGCUCCAAGUAGUUCAGAAUGGUUUAAAAAGUCAUGCCACAGGAAGGGUCUAUUGCAGAAUUUCAAUUUCUGUUUAUAGUGUAAAAGGAAGAGAGUUUCCUAAUCCCUCCUUUACCAUAUCCUACACAGCAAAAUACUUUAGACUUACAUUGCCAAGCCAAAGUUACCAUAUUUUGGUGUUUUUGUGUUUUCUCUUUAUAAAACAAAGAGAUCUGUAUCUAUACUCCUUUACCUGGGGAUGUGUCUGUUAUCCUCCUACCCAAUCGUCAUGUUUGUCCUUGGUACCCUAGGCCUAGAUUCUGAGAUGGUUCCAUUCUAGGCCUACAAGCACUACUUGCUGUAGCUCAGACUUGUCUGUAGUCCUUCAUAUAAGCACUUUUGACUCACCUCCUCCCCGUAUUACUCCUUUGCACUCCACUCCCCUCAUUCUGUCACUUUGAAUGAAGUCUGAGUAAGGCUAGUGACUCCCUGGGUAUCCUCAACAGUGAGUUCACCAUCUACAUGUGGUCAUUACAUACAUUCGUGCAUUUCUACUACAAUGACAUCUUUAUGUCUCUGCUACAUUGGCCUUUUUGUGGAUCCACACUGGGUGGAACCAUAGUCUCUUAUCUCAGAUCGCAUUUAGUAGCAUAACUUUAGGGACUAUUAGAGAUGACAUCCCAUUGAUGUGAGAGAAUCAUGAUCAGAGUGGAAGUACUUUGAGUAUUUCAGGAGUGAGAAUAUUCAUGUUUGACAGGUCCUGCAUCCCACUGUCCCUUUCCUGUCAUUCAAAUUUUACAUGAAGACUAAUCCUGGGUGUCUGUGGGACCCAUCUCCUCCUUAGAAAUCCAUGUCCAGAACAACACUUGCACCACUGUACAAAAGAGGGUUUGUACACCUCAGUUAGGCCUGUCUAGAGCUAUCACUCCUUCUCA